AUGGGGGGCUGGGGGCGGGGCGGGGCGGGUCCCGCGCUCACUUCCUCGGGGAGGGCUUGAGGCCCCGCUCUCAGUCGCCCACACAGUCCGUCUGCAGCCAGUAGCCUUCCCCGCAGCUCGCCCGGCCACCGCUCGGCGCCGCCCGCAGGUACGAGCCGCCGAGGGACACGGCGCCCGGCUCCCGACCCCACCCGCGCCGCGCGCGCCCCGCUCCUGCCGCCCGCUGCGAGGGCUCCCUCACAUCGCCACUAUGAGCGAGGCAUUUGACUGUGCCAAAUGCAGUGAGUCCCUGUAUGGCCGCAAGUACAUCCAGACAGACAACGGCCCCUACUGCGUACCCUGCUAUGACAACACUUUCGCCAAAACCUGUUCUGAGUGCCAGCAGCUUAUUGGACAUGACUCAAGGGAGCUAUUCUAUGAAGACCGCCACUUCCACGAGGGCUGCUUCCGCUGCUGCCGCUGCCAGCGCUCCCUGGCCGAUGAACCCUUCACCUGUCAGGACAGUGAGCUGCUCUGCAAUGACUGCUACUGCAGCGCCUUUUCCUCAAAGUGCUCUGCCUGUGGGGAGACCGUCAUGCCUGGGUCCCGGAAACUGGAGUAUGGAGGCCAAACGUGGCAUGAGCACUGCUUCCUGUGCAGCGGCUGUGAGCAGCCGCUGGGCUCCCGCUCCUUUGUGCCCGACAAGGGUGCUCACUACUGUGUGCCCUGCUAUGAGAGCAAGUUUGCUCCACGCUGCGCCCGCUGCAGCAAGAUGCUGACACAGGGUGGAGUGACAUACCGUGAUCAGCCCUGGCAUCGAGAAUGUCUGGUCUGCACCUGGUGCCAGAAGCCCCUGGCAGGGCAGCAGUUCACCUCCCGGAAUGAGGAUCCCUACUGUGUGGACUGUUUUGGAGAACUCUUUGCACCUAAGUGCAGCAGCUGCAAGCGCCCCAUCGUAGGACUCGGUGGAGGCAAGUAUGUGUCCUUUGAAGACCGACACUGGCACCACAGCUGCUUCUCCUGUGCCCGCUGCUCCACCUCCCUGGUGGGCCAAGGCUUUGUGCCAGACGGAGACCAAGUGCUGUGCCAGGGCUGCAGCCAGGCAGGGCCCUGAACAGGGCUCCUGGGCCCAGGAUUUCCCAAACCAGGGCUCCAGGACUAUGGUUCCUUUUCUAAACCACCUCUGGAACGCAGCCCCUCCCCAAAAUGGGUCUGUCUCCUGCUGAAGAGGAGGAUUUGUCCUCUCCAGAGGGAGACCUCUCCAUUUGGGAGGAUUCAGUCUCCCCCCUCCAACAUCCCCAAACUGGUCCUCCCUGACCCAGGCUUCCCAUCCUGUGCUCUUAUGGAGCCUUCAUGAUUCAAACCCCCUCCCCAAACCUGGACUCCACAACUCAGCCCUCUCACUUACAGUCUGGGUUACCAAACCAAGCCCCCUCCUCAAAUCAGGGCUCUAGACCCCAGCCCUCCAAACUUGGACUCUGGGACCUAGGCCUUCUUGAAUCUAGAUGUCUCUCCAUAGAUUUUAGGUCUGCUAUGAGUGCUUGAGAAGUUGUCCAAAGUGGACUGAACUCAGACUUGACCCCACCCCUAUCCCCAGGGCUGGGGCUGUCUGGGCAGCAAAUUAGGGGCUUGCUGGUUAGGGGGUCCUAGGGUACAGGGUGCUGCCCAGCCCAUGUCCCUCGAGUGUCUUCUCAUUUUAUUUCAGCUCUGUUUUGCCUAGAGAUGGGCAGAGGGGUGGGAUUGGCUCAGCCCCUUCCAGAUUCUGCAAUAAAGCAGUGUGAGGAA